AUGCCAGCAAUCCCCAAUUCCGAAAUGGGAGAAACAAAAAUCCACAAGAUCGCGCUCCACCAGCUGGAAGAGAAAGGGCGAAAACUCAUCGAAUACGCCCAGGAGCACCCGUUACAGUUCGGUCUCAUAUCCAUCACCAUCGUCGCCGGCGUCGCCAUAAUCACCGUACCUCUUGCGCUAGGAUUCAGUUCUACAGGACCUGUAGCCGGUAGCAUAGCAGCAGCAUGGCAAUCAUCCAUCGGCAACGUAGUAGCCAACUCCUUCUUCGCGCUCCUCCAAUCUAUGGCCAUGAGUGGCACCUUCGAGACCAUCGGCAUCAGCCUCGUCGGCGCCGGCACAGUCGCGGCCUUCGUCGAAUGGUCCAAGGGCGUAGACUUUCACCAGCUGAUCGCCGGGUGGCUUCGAUUUACCCAGUCCAUUGGCUUCAACCCCGAGUCGAUCGAUUGGUCGGAGGGCGAGAAGCUGGUGAGAAGCGUAAACUGGGAGGGGGCGGCGAACGAUGUGGCGGGGAGCGUGGACCGCGCGGUACAGGAGGCGAUGAAGCACGCGACUUGGCUUGGGGAGAAUGCGCAGGGGGUUGAUUGGGCGCGGGUGGGGGAUGAGGUGGUUCGUGGAGCGGGGCCCGUGAUGAAUGAUGUGGUGCAGGGCGCGGGGUGGGCGGUGAAUGAGGCGGCUCAAAUGAUUGAGAUGUUUGCCAGACGUUUGAUGUAG